AUGGAUGCAUCAGUGGUCUACGAUAACUUAAACCUAGACAGGACCCAGGAGCCUAAGAAGGCAUCCCCUCCAGCUCCUCUCCCAGACUGCUGCUGCUGCCCACGCUGGCAUCGGUUGGCUCUGAAACUUGGCUGUCUUUGGCUAAUCCUUCUUGUUCUGAUUGUGAUUAAACUCAGUGUCUUAGUACAAAAAACACCAGUAGGAAAAGGCAUUCAAGAGAACAAGAUGAAAACAACAGGCGAAAAAUGCAAUGUGAACGUUUCAGAGAGCAGUACGAAGGCAACAGGAAAAGGCAUUCAAGAGAACAAGAUGAAAACAACAGGCGAAAAAUGCAAUGUGAACGUUUCAGAGAGCAGAAUGAAAGCAACAGAGAAUCCAGUUCAGCUAAUGUGCCCCAAAUAUUGGCUGCCACACCGAGAGAAAUGCAUACAGUUUUCUCAAGAGAACGGUGUUUGGAAGGAAGGUCUAUCUAACUGCACUAGAAAAGGAGCCACUUUGCUCCUCAUUCAAGACCAAGAAGAACUGAAAUUCAUAAAGGACUCGAUGAAGGAGGGAGGACAUUCAUUUUGGAUUGGACUAAAUUACUCAUGGCCAGACAAGCACUGGAGAUGGUUAAACGGCUCCACUUUAAGUUCUGAUGUAUUGAACAUCAAAGGCGAUGCUAAACUGAACAGCUGUGUCACCAUCACAAAGUACAACGUGGUUUCUGAGGGCUGUACUUCAGACAACAUGUGGAUCUGCCAGAAGGAACUAAAACAUGUCUGAAACCAGGUGUAAUGACUCCUGACUGCGAAUCCCGUCUCGAUUACUUUACCAUACAGAUCUCUGCACUCCCUCUGUCUAGGCUGCCGGCCCUCCCAGUGUACAGCGAAAAUCUAUGAUUCUUCCAGAUGCCCCUGUCCGGUUUCUUUAUUCUGUAAAGGAGACAAGAUGCUCAUGUGCCCUUCUAAGAGAGUUGUUCUGUGGAAAGAAGCCCAGGCAAGCUGAGGGGCACUGGAUUCUAACCCUGGAGGCUGUGUGACCUUCGCUGGUCUCUGUUCCUGAGAUCACCUGCAGAAAACUGCAGAGUCCUCUUCUCUCCAUCCCCUCGGCCAAGCCAGCACACUCUGUGCUUGACUAAGCCCAGAAGCCAUGGCUAAGGGAUUUGGGGAAAGGCCUGACAGUGGUUUGAAUGGCACCUACAAAAGCCUAGGUAAACUGAACUCUGGUCAUGUGACGUCCCCACCAGGACAUGAUGCACCAGCAGACCCUGAGCCAAUGCUGGCAUCUUGGUGUUGGGUUUCACAGCUCCAGAAUUGGCAGAGAUGAGCUUCUUCCUUACCAGAGAGACAAUCAAAGGGACUACGGCUGUGUCUUGGUUGCUGUGUCUCCUGAUGUUGCAAUGCCGCUUUGUGGACAGAGACCGUUGAAUAUGCAGCUGGGCUUCUCCUGCC